AUGGCGAUGAUUCGAAAGGCCAUGUGGGCCACAUUGUCCAUACUGGUCCUUGGUUCCGCGGCACCAGCUGAACGCUGCGAGAGAUCAUGCCUAGAAGGCGUACUUUCGAACUACUUGAACGCGUUGUUGGCCCAUGACCCCUCGAAAAUACCAACUACCCCAGACGUAAAAUACGUAGAGAACGAACAGAUACUGCCAUUAGGAACAGGCGAAUGGCAUCUUGUCGAGUCUUUCGGCAAGUACAACCACACAUUCUCGGAUCCCGAAGCAGGCCAGGUUGCGACCAUCACCACUGUCACCGAAAAUGGUGUCGGUGCGAUUUACCUCGCACGUCUCAAGAUAGAGGAAGACGGAAAGAUUAGUGAGAUAGAGACACGGAUUACACGCGACCCAGGUGGUUUCGAGCUCUAUGAGCAGCGAGGUCAACCUGAAGCUGUUUGGCUCGAGCCCGUAGCACCAGAGGACCGGAUUCCACGUGACGCUCUAAUAUCGCAAACCAACAAAUAUUACACUGGCAUGCAGGGGAAUGAUCCCAAUGGUGACUACUCUUUCUUCGACAUAGAGUGUAAUCGUCUCGAAGAUGGCCUUCAAACCACCAAUGUCAAGACGGGCGAUCCUUAUGGUCACUCUAACGACACAGCCUUUGCCUCCCUAACUUGCGAGGAACAAUUUCAAACUGGUUUCCUUGGCUUUGUCACUAGGAUUCGUGAGCGUCACUACCCCGUUGUGGAUGAGGAGCGCCAAGCUGUGUUCGCGAUUACUACCCUCGACCACAACGGUACAGUGAGAUCGCUACCUAGUGUCAACGGCACCUCCUCCCCGAUCCCACCAUACUUCGAAACUCCUCGUACACUCAUUGCUAUGGAGGCGUUCCGCCUGCGUGGCGAAAAGCUCUAUCGCAUCGAGAUGACCUUAACUGAAGCUCCUUACGGACAGAAGGCCGCAUUUCCUCAGGAUCCACCAGUAGAUCUUAGCGGUCCGGGUACCAAUUUCACCACAUACCCAAUCCCUUGCGACCGAGUUUGUCUUGAGAAUGUGAUAGGGGAUAUACUUAUGGCGAUAAGAGUCCACGAUCACACACGUAUACCCCUUGCUAAGGGUAUCAAAUAUUCAGAGAACGGUCAAUUCCUCGCCCUCGGGGAUGGUCUAUGGGAGACCCUGGAAGCGAUUUCAUGGACCGAUAGCUACGGUGCCAUCCUGGCGGAUGAGGUAAGCGGCACAGCCGGCUAUUGGGGAAUCUCCCGGGAACACACGAUAUCGGGACAACUCUCGUUACGAGUCAAGGUGGCAGAUGGCCAAAUAACCGAAAUCGAAGCCAACGUUGUCCGCGCGGAGUUCGUCGAUAGUCGUGGUGGAACUGAAACCCUCAUGCGCCCACCACUACCAGUAGAAUGGGAAGGCAAUUCGACGGGCGAUCUUGAUGUCACCUUCCAGGAAUGGGUCGGCGAGGCUGAAAUCUUACCGGACUUAGUGAACGCCUAUUUCGAUGGACUGGAACGACAUUCUAGCGAGGGCGUAUCAUUCGCAGAGGGAUGCACCAGACGUGACAAUUUUGUCCAAGGAAACUCAACCUGUGCGGCUCAGCUAAAAGGUGAGGGAGAAUAUCCCAAUGGCCUCCCUAACAGCACAACUACGGUUCGUGAAAGACGAAUUCUUGUUGCAGACACCAAACGAGCUGUCGUAUUAGCCAUCGCCUUAAUAGACGAGCCAGCCAACGGUCCUGGUCCAUUAUCUGAGACCUCGUGUAUUCCCGGUACUUAUAUGGUUCCUCAAUUACUGAAGAUUAAUAACGGAUCAAUCUCUCGUAUUGAGAGUGCGAUCAAGUGGCUUCCAUUCGGGUAUACGACUGUAUGGGCAGAGGCCGACACGAAACCUGACAGUUCAUUAUGA